GGGAGAGAGGGAGAAGCGAGAGGAGGGCAGGACUGGCAGGGUGCGGUCUGAAGUGGCAACAGAUCGUUUUGGAUCACUCAAAUCCUUCCAAUUCAACUGGAAAGCUGCAGCUUGUUGCACGCCGGCCGCAUAUGGAGAGGAGAAGCUUUCAAUCCAGAGAGGGCACCAACCAAACAGCGGGCGAAAGUGGCUGAUGUUGUGUGACAGUUUCCCAGAGCGAAAGAAAAGAGAGGGAGAGAAACCACAACACUGCAACUUGGAUAUCAGUAACCGCUCUCUCUCUUUAACUCUCUCACCCACCAAAUCGACUUUGAACCUGUUUGUUUAAAUACACGGACUUUACAGCCUGCACACUUACUGUUGAUUCUGUAAGGCGGAGGGAGCGAAGUUUCUCAAUUUGGGUCCCUUUUUUUGGAGCUGCUAAAAACUUUUUGAAUGUCCACAUGGUGCCUGGAGGUUCCGACGUGAGCGUCUUUUAUCCGAGUUUUUCGGACGUGAUGUUGCGACUGUCACGGACGAUGGAGUCGGGAAGUGAGCCGGGGAGGUACUGAAGACAUCUCUCUCCCCCGGGAGAGUCCUCCCUCCCCCCGGGGCGAUGCGGAUCUCCUUCCUCCUUCUCACCGCCUCUCUGUGUGCCUUGGUCCUCCUCCUCGCACCUGCCUCGGAGGGCUGCGGGCCGGGGAGGGGGUACGGCAAGAGGCGGCUCCCGAAGAAGCUCAUCCCGCUCGCUUACAAGCAAUUCAGCCCCAACGUCGCCGAGAAGACCCUGGGAGCCAGCGGGAGACCCGAGGGCAAAAUUACGCGCAACUCCGAGCGCUUUAAAGAACUGACGCCGAAUUAUAACACAGAUAUUAUCUUCAAAGAUGAGGAGGACACGGGCGCCGACAGGCUGAUGACCCAGCGUUGCAAAGACAAGUUAAACUCUUUGGCCAUCUCUGUGAUGAACAUGUGGCCAGGUGUUAAGCUGAGAGUGACCGAAGGCUGGGAUGAAGAUGGUCACCAUUCAGAGGACUCGCUGCACUAUGAGGGCCGGGCUGUCGACAUCACCACCUCAGACAGGGACAGAAAUAAGUACGCCAUGUUGGCCCGCUUGGCAGUAGAAGCCGGAUUUGACUGGGUCUACUACGAGUCCAAAGCCCACAUUCACUGUAGCGUCAAGUCAGAACAUUCUGUGGCAGCCAAAACUGGAGGCUGUUUCCCUGGCAACGCUCAGGUUGUCCUCAAGGGUGGGGCUACUAAACAGAUGCGUGACCUCCAGCCUGGCGACCACGUCUUGGCCUCCUCAACAACAAAUGGUCACGGCCCCCUUUUCUACAGCCCGGUCUUAUCCUUCCUGGACCGCCAGCCCAACGUCACAAAGAUCUUCUACACCAUUGGCACCAACACAGGACUUAAUAUUACUCUCACCGCCGCUCACCUGAUCUUUGUCACGGACUGCACUGGUGGGCUGAGUGAGCCAAAGUGGGGAGAGACAGCUAAAGAGCCACUUCUGGGCUCCGUACAGAGGGGCGGGCCGAGCUGGGAAGCAGGUCUGCGGACAAUUUUUGCCAGUGAGGUCCAGCCAGGACAGUGCGUACUCACAUCACAAGGUAAAGCAGGGUCACAAGGAACACUUUCAGUCGUGACCUUUGUAGAAGAGCAGAGGAGCACCGGGUUGUACGCCCCACUGACCCAGCAUGGCUCCAUAGUGGUGAACAGCGUGCUUGCAUCCUGCUAUGCUGCUGUGGAUAAUCACCAUUUGGCCCACUGGGUCCUGGCCCCGCUGAGGUUCUUCUACAGCCUGAUGAGACCCUCAGAACCGCAGACCGACGGCCUGCACUGGUACCCUUGGCUUCUACAGAGGCUGGGGCAAAUGCUGUUGGACGCUGGGCACUUCCACCCCUGGGGGAUUGAGCAAGGACAUAGAUAGGAAUGGCAGAGACAUGUUUCACACUGAUGACUUCAUUCACGAACCUGCAUUCAGGAGCACCAAAGCACAGAUUUAGGGACCACCAAAGACAGUAGUGAAUAUUUGUUUUUACCCUACAUGCCUGUGUUUGCUGUACUUCACCAAACUCCUUUUAGUAGCACAUUUAAAUUGUAUGAGAGACGAAGAGAAGAGAUUGGGAAGAGCUGUGUUAUACUUUUGGCAAUUUCAUAUUUUUCCAAUCAAAGACAGUUUUGUAAAUGUUUGAUAGAAUACUGAAUAUCAACAGAAAUACUGACAUAAGUUCUGCUAUGUUCAAUUUAAGAGAUAAACAUCAGUGUCAACAUUGUUAAGUUCCACUCAGAGCAUCUCAGAGAUCAAAAUCAAGGACUGAGAUUUCGAAACAAUAGCUUCCUUUAAAACUAAAACGUAGGAAGCAAAGACUGUCAAGUUCCAUCAUUCCUUUAUACUGUAUUUACUGUAAUCUGUCAACAUGUGUGCAGCUUGAGAUCACGCUAGGGCUUACUUACAGAGGAAAUUUUAACAUACAAGGAUGCCUGUAGUGAGACAUUUUUGGAGGCUCCAGAGAAAAGGUUAACAUGAACACAUGAAGGACACAUUCGAGGAGAAAAGAAGGAAAGACAGAACAGCACAGAGAAACUAGUGACUGAACAAGGUGUGAUUUGAUGCUCUAUAUAUGUACAUAGGUAUUUAUACAGUUAAGUAAUGUUAAAAAGGAAAGAGACACCAUAACUGUCAGAAUCAUCACUGCAGUAAGCCCACUGAUUCGAUACAGAGUCUGUACUGUAUAUUAGAAUUAAUUUACAAAGUAAUAUUUAACUGGACAAUGGGGGAUUAAGUUUUGUGUAUUUACUGAAGAAAUGUAAGUUUGCUGAUGUUGCAUUAUAGAUUCACACCUGAAAAAGGCUAUGUUGGAAAAACUGUCCAAUUGUGUGUGGACUUACGAUGCAAGAUAGGUGCACAGGGUUGUAAUGGCCACGCUGUCAGUCUGUUUUUCCAAGUACGCCAUUUGCUUUCAGUCAACUCGAUUGUCUCAAGGUAAUUCAUAUACACAUUUUCAUGUUUUUAUCAGUUAUUUUAUUUAAAAUGUUUUUUUUUAUGACAUGUUUUCAUUGUUUGGGGUUUUCAGUUUUCAGGUCAGUGGUAUCUAGGGAAGGUAUACACAACACUCAGGCUGUAUUCAACUACUGUAUUACGCAACAGCUAUGCAUCAUAUUAAAUAACAGAUAGCAAAUCUCUUUCAUGUUGAAUAGUAAGUAGCUCUCCUUUGCAUGGUCUUUUCUUUGUAUUCCACCUAUUACCCAGGACGUAAGACCUAGAUCGGCAGAGGUACAGACAUUUGGGGUUUUGACACUACGGGAAGCAGAUGUGAAAGGUGGAUGAAGUAAUUUGGAUAAUCGUGUGGUUCGUAUCGCCCAAAGUGUUUUUCCAAUCGUCACUGAGUAUGAAGACUCAGACUUUGCAAGUAUCUAGGAACCCCGUGGCGUUAUUCUACAUGCCUUCUAAAAGAUUUGUCACAUAUGUAUAUUAAGCUAUUGUUGGAGAGACUAUUUAAAGAUCUAUUUUUAGAAAAUAAUGUAAACUAUUAUUAUUUUCGGCAACUCUGUGCAUACGAUUUUUAUUUGAAAUAUAAAGUUGUUGUUUUCAAACCAAAACUACUCUGUGCUUUAUUUGUUA